AAAGGGGAGCCGCUCGGAAACACCGUCCGGUGAGAAAGGUUCCCCCUGGGCGCUGUCGAGGGAAGUGAGGGGCGGACGGGGCUCGCCCAUGGGGGAGAAGGGAAGCUCUGACCCCAACUCUCCACCGGGGGAUCCCUUCGGGAGGAGAGCAGGCUCAGGAGUACUGGAUAUCCCCCAGAAAUCCGGAAUGGAGUCCCUAAGGGGGUUGGAUGGCUUCACCCCUGGAGGCGCACUCCAUUGUCUGUCGAGACAGACCAGCCAUAAGGGCCUUGGAGGUCCCCUCCUGGCCGAAUGCAGGAGUUUCCUCACUCUGGCCAGUAAAUGCAUGGCUGCUGAAAAGUGAGGCCAACAGGGUUCAAUGGGGCUUACUCCCUAAUAGGCGCCUUUAGAAUUUCAGCUGGCCUUAGAUUUGUCUGGCACAGAAACGGGUGCCUUUGCAAAUGACCUCUCUUUCAUUUUCCCCUUGAAAGUUUUCAAACUUUUCAAACUAUAGGUCAGAUGGAUUACUCAGUUGGUUAGAGCGUGGCGCUGAUAAUGCCUAGGUUGCAAGUUCGAGCCCCAUAAGGGACAGCUGCGUAUCCCUGCAUUGCGGGAGGUUGGACUAGAUGAUUCUGAGGGUCCCUUCCCAUAUCCUCCAACAUUUCUCUGAUGAAAAAAGGGACAUCCUAUUCCCUUAAAAUAGUAAUAAUUUUAUUAUUUGUAUCCCACCCAUCUGACUGGGUUGCCCCAGCCACUCUGGGUGACUUCCAACAUAUAUAAAAACAGAAUUAAACAUUAAACAUUAACAAAAAAAACCCUAUACAGGGCUGCCUUAUAUAGUUACCUUUCUCAUUGGCUCAGGGGUUGCAUAAUUCCAUACCCUUCAACAUUUCUUCAGUGAAAAUAGGGGCUUCCUAAGGAAAAGCGGGACAUUCCAGGUUCAUAUGAGAAACCAGAACAGCUUCUGUACAUCCGGGUUUGUCCCUGGAAAAUAGGAAUGCUUGGAGGGUCUGCCUUCCAGCUCUACAAUUCUAUGAUUCUGUGAUAUGCCACUGAGUAGAUCCACUAAAAUGAAUAGAAGUGACCAGUUUAGGUCCAUUGCUUUCAGUGGGUCUAAUUUUUGAGUAGGACUCAGUUCGAUAUAAGCCAUUCCUUUCAAUGGGUCUACUCUGGGUAUGAUUUAGACCAUUGAGGUUCUACUCAGCGUAGACCCUCAUGCUGGUUGAGGCUAAUGGGAGUUGUAGUCCAAACCAUCUGGGAGGCACUAGGGUGACAAAGGAUGGAAGAGAUUAUCACUACAGCCUGCAGGGGGCUGGACCAGUUUAAUAUCUGCCUGCUGUUAAAACAUGUAAAGCCUCUGGGUCAUCUUCAGUGCUCAUUGGUUCUGAGGAUGACAGCUGUUAAAGUUUAUGUGGAGUCUUUUAACUUUUUAAAUUUUGUAGUAUUUUGUAAAAAAUAAAAUAUUUUUUUAAAACAGUUUUAUAGGGUAAUAAAAACAAUAUUUUAUUGUUGUCAAUUAGAAGCUGCUUUGGACGGGCGUUGGCUCAGAAGAGCGGUCUAAUAAAUACGUCAAAUAAAGACAAUGCAUUAAAGCAUAAUCAAAACCAAAUUUUCUGGAGGAUUUUUAAAAAGAAAACAAUUGAACGGCUGGCCCUUUAAACCGCCCUUUGGGGGAAGCGCUUCCUCUUAGUUAGUGGCCGGUGAUUGGCGGAGCUGGAGGGCGGGGCGGAGGCUGAGCUGCGCCGCUCAUUCAUAACAAUACCGGCUUCCGCAACCUCAUUCAGAAGCUCUUAAAGGGCCAGGCCGCCGCCGCCGCCACCCCGCGGGAGCUGCUGCAAAUGCAUUGUGGGAAGAGAAAGUUACUUUCAGUUUUGCGCGGACGGGCAGAGAGAGCAAAGAGAGGCGAAGAUGCGGCAAAGCGGAUCUGGCGGCACCAUGAUCCUCAACCUUUUCUAAAGGGCUAUGUGUAAACUUGACGUCAUCGCCCUUCUAAUGGGAGAGGCUGGUGAGUUUUUACGUCACAUGUUGGAGGCAGGAAAUCCCUCCAAGACUUGGCCCGGGGGUGACGUCAGAAGGGUUGUAAACAGAUCAGAGUAGAGUUGGGCAGGGUAUGUACAUAAUAAUAAUAAUAAUAAUAAUAAUAAUAAUAAUAAUACUUGGUGGACCAGUGGCCUGACUGUCUAUAAACUUUCCUUUGCUUUUACUUGGAACCAUGAGGACUAGCGCCUCAUCCUUAACCCCUGAGCUAUGGCCCUUCCCACAGAAUGCACAAUUUGUCUGAAGACGGCCCCAGGUUCAGUCCUGGGCAUCUGCUGGUGAGGUUGGGAAUGCCCCCCACCUGACUCAGUACAAGGCAGCUUUCAGAAGAAUAAUGAGGACUAGAAUCUUUUUAAUUUUGAAGAAGUGGCAGAGCACCUUGCUUUGCAUCCCUGGUGCGAUGCCCAAUGACACAGACGUGCCUGGAUUCUGGAGAGCAGCUGCCAGUCAGGGUUGGCCAGAAGCAGGUCGACCAGUAGUCUGACUCUGUCUGAGGGCAGUUUCUUGUGUUCCUGUUUCUUUGCUGUGUCAAAGCUCUCAGGGUGCUGUAGACCUGCCGCCGCCAUAGACACCUUCACAAUUUCUCCAGAAGCUCCUGUCGCCGAAAUGACCCACAAUGCCCCCUCAAAGGACCCAGAGAUGCCCGCCAGCGACCAGGAGGACGAUCAGGCAUCAGUCAUCUUGCAGCUGUAUCCAUACUCAGAGGAGAAAGACGACCCGAACCAAGCUGUUCCGGCACCAAAUGGCAAGUCUUCAAACCCGGUCGCCUCCCCUCAAAAAGGAUAUUUCAUUUCAUUUCACUUUCAAUGUGUAUACCUUUUAACUUGUUUAAUUAGCCAAGGGCCUGGGAAAAGAGGAAUGUUUUCCCCAGGUGCCUAGAGAUAUGUAACGAAGGCGCCAGGCGAGCCUCCCUGGGGAGAGCAUCCCACAUAUAGGGAGCCACCGCAGAAAAGGCCCCGUUCUUGUGUGGCCACCCUCUGGACUUUUCACAGUGGAGGCACAUGUGGAAGGGCCUCAGGUGGUGAUUGCCGGGUCCAGGUUGGUUCACAUGGAGAGAAGCGGUCCUUGAAAAAUGAAGGUUCCAGGUUUAACAUCUUUUGUCUUUCUUCAAAAAUGCAGAUGGAAGCAGUCUGAAGCUGGCGACCACCCUGACCAACCGGCAGCGUGGCAACGAGGCAUCUGCCUUGCCGGCCACUCUGGACAGUGAGUUGUUGUGCCACAAAACAUUUUUGCUUUUCAUUAGCUGGGGAAUGGGGGGAGGGGGCUGUGAAUCAGUUGAAGCCAAGGUGGCUGCAAUUCUCCCCCAUUUAUACAUUUUUUCCCUGUUGCUCUAGAGGUCUAGCCCCUUGUUAAGAUCAGCCAAAGUUCAUGAUCCUGUUGUGCUGCUUUUCCUCUGAACUGACUUCCCAAACCACUUGGUAAACUGACGGGCUAUACACUUUUGUUGUUGUUCAAGAGGACUAGCGCCUUGAAGGGGGAAAUCAAUUUGUUUUUUGUUAAAAAUCAGUCAAGGUUCAGGAUUAGCUGAGUUGGUAGAGCACAGGUAUCUUAAUUGCAGGGUUGUGGGUUCUAUAAUUCUGUUGGGCUGCUUUCUCUCUUAAUCGACUUCCCAAUGGUCUCUAACACCCACCAAGCCGUUCCUUUUCCCUUCAUGAACAGAGGGCUCAAGAGCAAAUCUGCCCUCCACUCCUCAGGCCAUUUUAUUCUAUUUAUUUUUAAAGGCAUUAAUCCAAAAGUCAAGUUUCCAUCCCUCAUGAUUGCCAGUGAAUAACAUUUCUAGCGAUCAUGAAAGGCGUCUGCUUCCCUCCUCCCUCUGAGGAUUAAUUAUGCAAAGACAAGAAUGGUUUGAAUACCAUUGCAUAUUUUAUAGAACAGGACAAUCAUUUUGCAAAAACUGGCUUGGAAUUUGGGUUCUGUGCAGCCUCUUACUGUAAGACUGCAUUCUAUUCCCUAUUUCAGUUCUCAAUGAAAUCCUGUUUGUUUGUUUUUUACUUUUCCAGCUCUUUCUAUUCAUCAGUUGGCAGCCCAGGGAGAACUGGUCCUAUUGAAAGAAAAUCUGAGGAAAGGUGAGAUAGGAACACCCAGCCCCCCUCCACCCGCUUCUGACUUCCUGCCCACUAACUAGAGUGUGCCUCACAGGGUUGGUUUAUUUAUUUAAGGUGUUUUUAAAACAUUUAUUUUAUUUAAUCAUUUGACAGCUAUUUACAACGAUCAGCAAAAUUCUCCUCCAGGCAAGGUUAUUCCAAAUCAUUAUUCUGCAACACUUAACAUAUCAGUGCAAUAUUUCUUCUUUCAAAUAACCCUCCUCAAAACCUACUUGAAUUUGACUAGAUUCUUUCUCUAUGAUAGGCGACAUAGUUCUGAGGGAUACUGGAUCUGAGGGAACUUCGUAUUUCAAUACUGAGGACAUUCAUCUACCACAGAGGUUCCCAAACUUCUUUGGGCUCCCCCCCCUUCAGAAAAAAAAAUACUUAGUGCCCCCCAGGAAAACUACUUUCUUUAAGUGAAGAAACAGAAAGAUGCCAUGACAAAUUUGUGUUCUUUUAGGGAUCUUUAUUUCUACCUACAUUCUGCAAUAUAGUGAAGAAAUAUGUUGCUGUAAAUAAGACACCUUGAAGCUUAAGAUUAUAAAAUUAUUCAUUAAAAUCAACCAUAGUAACAUUCAUAUUAUACACAGAAAAUUAAGAUAACGAUAAUAUGAAAAUAAAAAUUAUGUUGUCAUUGUCCUGCAACAGCGUCUGGCCUGGCAGUAAGUGUUAUUACACAACAGAUGAAACACGUUUUUUCCAAUUUUUAUUCUCUUCUUUUUUAUGCUUCCACUGCCCUCUUGGUUUUAUUAAUUACCGCCCCCCCCCAUCACACUGCUUAAAUCAUGGGUAGGCAAACUAAGGCCCGGGGGCCGGAUCUGGCCCAAUCGCCUUCUAAAUCCGGCCCAUGGAUACUCUGGGAAUCAGCGUGUUUUUACAUGAGUAGAAUGUGUCCUUUUAUUUAAAAUUCAUCUCUGAAUUAUUUGUGGGGCCUGCCUGGUAUUUUUACAUGAGUAGAAUGUGUGCUUUCAUUUAAAAUGCAUCUCUCGGUUUUUUGUGGGGCAUAGGAAUUUGUUCAUCCCCCCCCCCCCAAAUCUAGUCCAGCCCCCUACAAGGUCUAAGGGAAAGUGGACCGGCCCCCUGCUGAAAAAGUUUGCUGACCCCUGAAUAAAUCAUUAGGCAUUCCAGCCAGUGUGCAGGAAAAUCACAAAAAUUAAAAACAAACCGUGCAGAGAAUGAGAGAAAUCUGUUGUAAAACCAAAUGCUGCCAUGAAAUGAUUUAAUUCACUUAGCUGGGAAAGACCGUUGUGCAGCCUACAUGAAGACCCCUGAACUUUCCUACCCCUGUGUCAAUCAGCUCCCUAAUUUUGGAAAUGUUGACAGGCGAGAACCUUUUGAACAAGCCCGAUGAACGGGGCUUCACGCCGCUGAUGUGGGCAGCGGCCUUCGGAGAGAUUGAGACAAUUCGCAGUAUGCUGGAAUGGGUAAGGAACGUGCGGUGGGGAGGGAGAAGCGCAGGGGUCACCCGCAUUUUCCCUGCCGUGGCUGCAGCCCUGUGUGCCCUCUCUCCCCAGGGCGCAGACCCCCACGUCCUUGCCAAGGAGAGGGAGAGCGCCCUGUCUCUUGCCAGCAUGGGGGGCUACACGGACAUCGUCACCUUGCUCCUGGAGAAGGAUGUGGACAUCAACACUUACGACUGGGUAACUUUUGCAUCGGUGGGUGGAAGGGGGGCAGGUAUGGCCCUGCCGACCUGAAUCAGCUUUCGGCAGGCCCCACAUUCAUAGAACCAUAGGAUUGUAGAGUUGGAAGGGGCCACCAAGGGUCAUCUAGUCCAACCCCCUGCAAGGCAGGAAUCUCAGCUCAAGCAUCCAGGACAGGUGGCCGUCCAACCUCUGUUGAAAAUCUCCAAGGAAGGAGAGGCCACCACCUUCCAUCCCAUGGUCGAACAGCUCUUACUGUCAGAAGUUCUUGCUAAAUGUCUUCCUUGAAGCCAUGGGUUCGAGUCCUGCCCUCCAGAGCAGGAGAAAACAAGCUUGUUCCCUCUGACAGCCCUUGAGAUAUUUGAAGAUUGCUGUCAUAUCUCCUCUUUUCCAGGCUAAACAUCCCCAGCUCCUGUGUGGGGUGUGUGGGUGUUUUUUCCUCCUUGUGCUGAUGCUUUUCGGUUGUCUCCACAGAACGGUGGGACCCCUCUCCUCUAUGCCGUGCGCGGGAACCACGUCAAAUGCAUUGAGGCCUUGCUAGGUAAGUGGUGUCGGGGGAAGGUGCUUCCAUACCUGAGCGACAAUCUCAUUUUUCGAUGGAGAAGCCAAGCUUGCCUUCCUUCGGCCACAGCUGAGAACGAGGGGGUCAACCAAUGGGGCCUUCCCCCCGAGCGAUAAUAACGUGGGUCCAUUAAUUUCAGCAGGUCUACUGCGAGGAGGGUGGUGCUGUGGGUUAAACCACAGAGCCUAGGACUUGCCGAUCAGAAGGUCGGUGGUUUGAAUUCCAGCGACGGGGUGAGCUUCCGUUGCUCAGUCCCUGCUCCUGCCAACCUAGCAAUUCGAAAGCACGUCAAAGUGCAAGUAGAUAAAUAGGUACCGCUCCAGCGGGAAGGUAAACGGCAUUUCCGUGCGCUGCUCUGGUUCGCCAGAAGCGGCUUAGUCCCGCUGGCCACAUGACCUGGAAGCUGUACGCCGGCUCCCUCGGCCAGUAAAGCGAGAUGAGCGCCGCAACCCCAGAGUCGUCCGCGACUGGACCUAAUGGUCAGGGGUCCCUUUACCUCUACUGCGAGUGCAGUAGUUUGCUGCCAGCUCUUUGUAAGUCCAUGGAAGCAUUUUUGGGUUUUGCCACAAUGCCUCUGCUGGCUUUUCGGAGUUGCCACGAAGCUCCCUGUUUUGCCUGCAAUGGACUUUGAUGUGGCGAAAUAUGCUAUAGGGCAUAUUUCUCUCUUGGUGGCAACUUAAACAUCUCUGAGGCAGUGUGGUGCAGUGGUUAGGGCCAUGGUUCUCCCAACUUUUUCCUCUGGGCCACACUUUCAGAACGAAAAUUUGUUCGUGCCGGUCUGGAUUUUUUUAUCGAUAAGAAAUACAUUGGAAAACGGAAAGAAACGACUCUUAGCAGUGCUUGAUUUAAGGCUGGUAUCAUCCGCAUACUGGUGAACACCCAGCCCAAGCCCAGAUUAAAUGUAUUCCCAUCUGAAGCCCUAAAUGGCAGACUGACUGGUAGAUCAUAUCUAAAUAGACUCUGCCUGUGUUCUCACGCUGUUUGUUGUAUGAAACAUAUCUUGGGUUAUGAUUAUUGUUGUUGUUUAGUCGUUCAGUCAUGUCCGACUCUUUGUGACCCCCUGGACCAGAGCACGCCAGGCACUCCUGUCUUCCACUGCCUCCCGCAGUUUGGUCAAACUCAUGCUGGUAGCUUCAAGAACACUGCCCAACCAUCUAGUCCUCUGUCGUCCCCUUCUCCUUGUGCCCUCCAUCUUUCCCAACAUCAGGGUCUUUUCCAGGGAGUCUUCUCUUCUCAUGAGGUGGCCAAAGUCUUGGAGUCUCAGCUUCAGGAUCUGUCCUUCCAGUGAGCACUCAGGGCUGAUUUCCUUAAGAAUGGAUAGGUUUGAUCUUCUUGCAGUCCAUGGGACUCUCCAGAGUCUCCUCCAGCACCAGAAUUCAAAAGCAUCCAUUCUUCGGCGAUCAGCCUUCUUUAUGGUCCAGCUCUCACUUCCAUACAUCACUACUGGGAAAACCAGAGCUUGAACUAUACGGACCUUUGUUGGCAAAGUGAUGUCUCUGCUUUUUAAGAUAUUGCCCUUAAAUCCUUGAGGCAGAGACUAUGGGAUAUUUCAUACAGUGAUCACAUGCAACCUGUGGACAUCUCUUACUACAUUGUGGGCUGCAUAAACAAGGCAGGAACCAGUUAAUUAAACCCUUAUCGACAAACUUGCCUGGAAAUCCUGAAACCUUCUAUCUCAAGUAUCGCCUUGAGGCAAAUGAUAUUGCCCUGGCCGUGGCAAAAUUUCUCUCUGGGGCAAUAUGAAAUAGAAACCAACACACUCUGGAUAAAGCACAAUGGCUGCCUAGGAAUGUAUUUCUGCUGUAUUUGCUUUUGAAAUUGCUUUUGUGGGUCUUUGGACUUUAAUAAAGAAUGUGUGUGUAAAGUUAAAAAAAGAAGAACAUAGCACUAAAAUAAAAUACAUAAAAUAUUUGUCUCCCCUCCCUCUUCUCAGCCCACGGUGCUGAUCUCACAACCGAGGCAGAUUCAGGAUACACCCCGAUGGACCUGGCAGUCGCUCUGGGACACAAGAAAGGUGGGUUCGGAAACAUGGGAGGGGUCAGAGGGUCCCACGUCAAGGGGCCGUGGUGCUCAUGAGGGCCUUCCGCUUGUGGGGGGCUUCCCGUUGGAGCAUCCAGGAGACUGGGCAAGGUGGGGGUCCCCUUUGACCUCAUCCAAGCCUUCUUAUAAAAGGUAAAGGGACCCCUGACCAUUUAGGUCCAGCAGCGGACUACUCUGGGGUUGUGGGGCUCAUCUCGCUUUAUUGGCCGAGGGACCCGGCGUACAGCUUCCGGGUCAUGUGGCCAGCAGGACUAAGCCGCUUCUGGCAAACCAGAGCAGCGCACGGAAACGCCGUUUACCUUCCCGCUGGAGUGGUACCUAUUUAUCUACUUGCACUUUGACGUGCUUUCGAACUGCUAGGUGGGCAGGAGCAGGGACCGAGCAAUGGGAGCUCACCCCGUUUCAGGGAUUCGAACCGCUGACCUUCUGAUCGGCAAGUCCUAGGCUCUGUGGUUUAACCCACAGCGCCACCCGCGUCCCCCAAGCCUCCUUAGUUUCUUCCAAUUCCUCAAUGGAGCCUCCAUGGCCAGAGCCACUACCUUAGAACGGCGGAGAACCUCCAAGAGUGGGUUGGGAAAGCAUUUUGGGGCUUGCAUGCUCGCGAGGAGGCCUUCUAUCGCCCUCACCCACACACCAAGCGUGUAAAAGAGGCAGCGGGGCGUAGUGGUUAGAGAGUGGGACAAGGACCUGGGAGAAACAGGGCUCAAAUCCACUGGCCAUGAAGCUCGCUGGCUGGUGACCUUGGGGGCCACUCACGGCCUCUCCCAGCCUGACCUACCUGGCAGGGUUGUUGUGUGAGGAUUAAAUGUGGUGGCAGAGGAGAGAAACAUGGUCACCACUUUGAGGGAAAUGAAAGUGUAUAUAAACGCAAGGAAUGCUGAUGUCUGUUUUGACCUGUUUUUAGUUUAAACCAGUGUCUCCCAUACUUGGGUCUCCAGCUGUUUUUGGACUGCAGUUCCCAUCCCAAAACAGCUGGAGACCCAAGCUUGGGAAACCCUGGUUUAAAGCAUUCCAAAGAUAUCAUCAGCAAGAGUUGUUUUUCCGCUUUAUUGUCUUUAUUCUUUUAAGCUGCUUGUAAAACCACUUUGAGGGACGCAGGUGGCGCUGUGGGUUAAACCACAGAGCCUAGGACUUGCCAAUCAGAAGGUCGGCGGUUCGAAUCCCAGCAGCGGGGUGAGCUCCCAUUGCUCAGUCCCUGCUCCUGCCCACCUAGCAGUUCGAAAGCACGUCAAAGUGCAAGUAGAUAAAGAGGUACCGCUCCAGCGGGAAGGUAAAUGGUGUUUCAGUGCGCUGCUCUGGUUCGCCAGAAGCGGCUUGGUCAUGCUGGCCACAUGACCCAGAAGCUGUACGCCGGCUCCCUUGGCCAGUAAAGCGAGAUGAGCGCCACAACCCCAGAGUCGGCCAUGACUGGACCUAAUGGUCAAGCGUCCCUUUACCUUUUUAAAACCACUUUGAGGGGACUUAAGGGGAAAAAUCAAGCAGUGCAUAAAUUUAAUGACAUAAAUAAAUAUGUUGAAAUUCUUUUUUAAAAGAAAUAAAUCAACAGGUGCAUAAAUUUAAUGAAGUAGAUAAAUGUAAACUGGAAUUCUGUAUAUAUAUAUUUUUAAAAAACACCAAGUCAAUCAAUUCAUUCUUUGCUUUCCCUCUCCCUUCCCUAGUGCAACACGUGAUGGAAAAACAUAUCCUCAAGUUGUUGCGGAGCAAAGAACCUGAGUGAAACAGGAACUUCUUGUCAGACUGGUGGGGGAAGGACCUUCUCCCUGCCCCCCACCAUUUUUCUCUCUGCUUUGAAGGUGGAAUCAAAGGAAAGCCUUCUGCACUGAGCGGCUGAUCUGAGGCACAUGAGACAGGGUUGGAUAUUUGAGAGUCACUGGGCUUUAAAAAGUUCGCUACAGCCCUUGUGGAAAGAGGGGGCAGUGGAGGGGUUAGGUUUGAUGGCAAGACACGACCCCCCCCAACCUGCUUGCUGCCAUCAGCUUACUAUUUUUUAUUUAUUUAUUGAAUUUUUAUACCGCCCUAUACCCGGAGGUCUCAUUUAUCAACCUGAUGACCACUAAGCACCACAACUAUUCUGGAACCCCUGAAAUCCAGACUCCAGCCAGAGGAGAAGUUUCCGGAGGCAAAGGAACUCCAGGUGGCUCGCAGAAGCAAGCCAAGCUGCAAAUCAGAAGGCACUUGAUGUUUUCCCCGCUGCCGUUUGCAAACUGUUCUGAGCUGGGAUGCGUGCGAUGGGAGAGAGAAUUUUGCAGAUUCCCGAACUAAAAAAAAAGUACUACGUACCAUACUUUUAAAAUUUGAAAUGGCAACAACUGAACACCCCCCCAUUAAUGGAAGAAACUAUUCUGUCCCUAGAAUACUUGCUGAAACUGCUAAGCAGCUGACCCUGCUACACUGUGCUUGUCUUAAACAGCAGGCUUGCUUAUUUCCGCUCGCCUAGGGCGAACCAGGACUCCAGGGGAGCAGCUGUGAGAGCUUUCUUUUUAAAUAAAGGAAUGAAUAUCUCGGCAUAAAAAUACAAAAUAAAUUAUUGUUCACUAUU